AUGCAGUGGUUCAUCUUAUUCAUCAGCGGCUUGGCCUGCCUGUCAGGGUUCUCAGCAGCUGACAGUGCGCCUCCCCCGACGACUCCAGUCGCGAACAGCGCCCCCAGCUCAAACACCACGUCCACCAACACCCCUGCAAACGGAGCCGCAGGAGGAUCAACAACUCCAAAAGUCUCAAAUAGCGUCUUCGGUGCAGGCUGUCGCUGGGACCCAACCAUCAACAACAUCGAAGAAGUCACGUUCCAGUUCCGUACAGGUCAAGCGCCCCCAUCAACAUGGUUCUCCGACGUCAACAUCCCCGCUGCAGCCGAUGCGGCAGGUACAGACGCCAACAUGAAGCUUCGACGUCGACAGACGGGCACCACCGCGUUGCCUGUCACUGCGAGCCAGCCCGCUCCAGACAAUGUCGAUGCAGGGGGUGCACCGCCGAAGCAUGGCCAUCAUCGGCACUUUGGGCCUGACGGCGCGGUAUUGGAUGCCUCGUACCACACGCGGCUCAUCGACGUGCUCACGUUCCGCGCGCGCUACGGCUCGUUCGGCUCAUCGCUCAACUCGGCGGGCUGCGCGCUGCCUGCCUUCAGCGAGCGGCUCGCGCAGCUCGAAGCGGCCGAAGGCGAGAUCGUCAACAACUACACUCGGCAGCACAAGCCCACCGCAGGCACGGACGACACGCCGUCGGCGAUGUUCUUCUGGGCAGGCAUCUCGAACUACGACCCCGCAGUGCGUUCAGACCUUAUCCAGACCGUCGUGUUCUACGGCGACGGCUGUGCGGCUAACCCACGCCAGGGCCUGUGCAUCUACGCGGCCGAGUACAGCAACUUCCGGUACAGCCCCGAAGACCACAUGUGCAUGGGCAGCAACAUGCCUGUCUUCUACCCCAUCGACUCGCCCAUGACCGUCUACUACCGCACCCAGAAUGGAUUCCGCACGCAGGAGGCAUGGAUCGACGGCAAGAUGGUCAGUUACUUGCGGUCUGCGGGUGAUCAGGUGAUGAACAGCUUUGUUAUCACCCAGGAGUGCAAAGGGUGCACCUGGCCGCUAUACGAACAGGUCUACGAGAACAUCCGCAUCAAGUUCUCCGAGCCCGAGAUUGGGUUCGAUCGGUUGGGGAGGUGCACGGGGGGCGCAGUGACGCAGGGUGCGGCGAGGAGCGAGGAGGGCGGCCGGGUGUGGGUGAUCGACAAGGUGACAGUGCCGAGUGGGAAGCUCGCGACCAGCUCGCCGGGACGGGAUGGUGGAGCAUCUCAGAAGCAAGGCGAUGCUAGCAGCUCGGAGGGUGGUGGUGACCAGACUGCAAGUGGAGCCGAUGGCAAGAGCGGUGCAGAUGCGAGUACAGGAAGCGGUGAGUCUGACACCAAGCCUGGCGCAGGUGCUGGUACUGCCAAAGCUGAGCCGGCUGCAGAUAUCAAGGACGCUCCAGCCGCCGUUUCGUCCGCCGCUGCUGCUGCUGCUGAUGCUGCUGAUGCUGCUGCUCCAGUCGCUCCCGCUCCCGCUCCAGCGCCUGCACCUGCCCCUGUCUCAGCUAUCGAUCCUCCAGCUCCUCCAGUGGCUUAUCCCGCAGUCAUCGCUGCUGCGGCUGUCGUCCCGCCAUAA